GGGGGGGGGAAAGGAAUGGUGCCCCAAGCACUUGGUGGAGGGUCGGGGAUUGAGCCCCGGCCCUGCAUGAAGUGGUUGGGCGGGUGUCGUAACAAGUGUGAGGUAACAAGCCUGACAGUGGUUCUCGUUGAACAGAGGAACAGCAGUUCGCCUGGCGAGAAGUACCGGCCCAGGUCGCGGACGCCGGACGACCACGACGCCAAGCGACGGAAGGACGACAAGGGCCACGACUCCGACGGUGAGAAGAGUGACCAGGACCUGGUCGUUGACGUCGCUAACGAGGACCCCCACACACCGCCCCAGGCCAAUGGUGACCACAGAGACCUGAGAGAGAACGGAGAGAAGAAGCCUGAAAGACCGCCCUCUCAGUCCUCCUCCUCCCGCUCCACGCCUCAGCUCAAGCAUGAGAAGGGUGACCCUCGUUCCACCCCCACGUCCAAGUCUGGUGGGGGGAGUUGUGCCCCCUCUGCGCCCCCUGGUUCCUCCGGUGUCAAACCUCCCGGGGUGCACCCUGGGGGUGCCGGGCCACCCCCUCACUUUCCCCCCUCCCCUUACCUACCCCCUGGCGUUGGUGGCCCCCGACCUGACCUGCCCCCGGGCCCGCCCCGUCCUGACCUCCCGCCCUCUGCUGCCUACCCCCCAGGACACGCUAACAACUACCUCCGGCCUCCGGUAUCCGGCUAUGAUCCCCACAGUGCUGUUAGGGCCCCGACGCUGGCCUCCAAUGGCAUUCCCACCAAUGGCUCUGCUGGCAAGCCGGCGUACAGCUUCCACGUGAACGGUGAGGGUCAACUGGCGCCAGUUCCAUUCCCCUCAGAUGCGUUGUUGGCGUCGGGUAUACCACGACACGCUCGUCAGAUCAACACCCUGCAUCAUGGUGAGGUGGUGUGCGCCGUCACCAUCAGCAACCCCACCAAGUACGUCUACACGGGCGGCAAGGGCUGUGUCAAGGUGUGGGACAUCAGUCAACCCGGCUCCAAGACGCCCGUCUCUCAGCUCGACUGCCUUCAACGAGAUAACUACAUCCGUUCUGUCAAGCUUCUACCUGACAUGCGGACGCUUAUAGUGGGUGGGGAGGCUUCCACGUUAAGUAUCUGGGACUUGGCAACACCGACGCCGAGAAUCAAAGCCGAGUUGAUAUCAUCUGCACCAGCAUGCUACGCCUUGGCCAUUAGUCCGGACUCCAAGGUGUGCUUCAGCUGUUGUAGUGACGGUAACAUUGCCGUGUGGGACUUGCACAAUCAGACUCUUGUGAGACAGUUCCAGGGACACACAGACGGUGCCUCGUGCAUUGAUAUUUCACCUGAUGGCACAAAAUUGUGGACAGGCGGCCUUGACAACACCGUGAGGUCGUGGGACCUACGGGAGGGUCGUCAGUUGCAACAACACGACUUUACCAGUCAGAUCUUCUCCCUGGGUUACUGUCCCACUGGCGAGUGGCUCGCUGUAGGAAUGGAGAGUUCUAAUGUGGAAGUUCUGCACGUGAACAAACCAGACAAGUACCAACUUCACCUUCAUGAAUCGUGUGUCCUUUCCCUCAAGUUUGCUAAUGCUGGCAAGUGGUUCGUGUCGACUGGCAAGGACAACUUGCUUAAUGCUUGGCGUACGCCCUACGGUGCCUCUAUAUUCCAGUCAAAGGAAUCGUCGUCAGUGUUGAGCUGUGACAUCUCCGCUGACGACAAGUACAUUGUGACGGGGUCUGGUGAUAAGAAGGCAACCGUAUACGAGGUCAUCUACUGAAAUGGCAAGACACAUAGAUAAGCCUGAGUAUUGUGAGCAUUGCUUGUCAAUUUGUGCCAUGGACAAGCUGAAUAUCAUCAGACAUUGAGGAUACACAAGUUGAGGCCAAGAGGACAAAGUGGCUCACAGCACAGGCGUUGCUGCAAGACACGAGCAUAUACAGAACCCCCAGGUGAUAGUAUCUGUAUUGCUUAUGUUUAGGGUCAAACAAAGUAUGUGAUGGAAGGACAAGUUGGUGCAAGAAACUGAAUCUGUUAUUGGUCAUGUGACCAGCAGCAGGAUUAGAAACCUCUCCCUCCAGGGCAUCUGUCAUCGGUAAAAGCUGCUUUUGCCCCUCGUAGUGGAGUGCAAGUGUUCAAUAUGGAGGAGGUAGCGACUAGUAGAGGUGUCGAGUGAUAGACGGACAGUCUGGUGGAUGAUUUGGUAGGUUUCUUCAGUUACCUAUUUUGGUUGUCCUUGUCCAUUUGAGCCAUUUUUGGUUCUGUAGCUGAUUUGUCUCGAUUAAUGAGAGACUACUUGUAAAGUAUUAUUAUUAUUGUCAAGGUCUUGCUCAUUAAAAAGACAGCGGAUAGUUGUCAAUUUAUUAACUUGACCGAGGCUGUGAGAGCUAAGGUGGCAUUCCUGACUUGAGUUGUGGCUGGCGUGUGUUAACACUGGCUCAUUAACUACAAGCCAGCCCCCAUGUCUUUGCUGCCAUGUGCAGUGUGAGGUGCAGCACUUGUGAAACACUAGGGCUUGAAAGGCUUGCAGUUUCCCGCACUCGGCAUUCACUCCUCGUGGAUGGUGCUGCAUAAUAUGGUUUUAGACAGUAGUUUAAUCAUGGGCAUCAGUUUUAUUUAUAUAUUAAAAAUUGUUCACACGGAUAAGAGUGUAACAUUUUCACGAUGCAAGAAUAUUGGUUUAAUAAUUUGAAGCAUUCAGUAUUGAAAAAUGUUGAAAUGAGAAUGGCAGCUUUCUAAUAUUCUCUUCAUUCCUUACCUGUUAAAUUUCUCCUUAUUUAUCAGUAUUUAUGCAUUCUGUCGGUAUUGAGUUACAAGCGAGUGGUUGCACUCGUGAGUGUGAAGUAUAAUGCAGGCGCAGCACGCUAGAUGAUUAUUUUUGUGCUCCUUUGUUAAUGAUUUAGGCACGGACAUCACACUACGAAAUAUAGUCUUGUGCCUGAAGCAUUAACAAGCAAAAUACCUCAAUUAUGAAAAGGUUUACUUUUAUGGUCUGACCUUGAAAACCUUUUUAUUGGGAUGGGGAGGAAUUGAUAAUAGUAUUAAUGAACAUAUCAGGAGUUUGGAGUAUUGUGCUGGGCCUGGUACAGUGGCUGUUGCUACAGCAUCAGUGGUGUGGUCCUCGUGAUUGGUGGAGGAAUAGGAUGCUGUUCUUGACCUAUUUAUAUUCCAGUAUUAUCUUUGUUUUAAUGAAAGUGAUGGAGACAUGCCAUAGAUUGGGUACGUCAGUAGUCCUGUAAAGCACCAAAUCAACGUCUUGUUUCAUAUUUAGUGGUGUUUACCCCCAUCCCCCAGUGGCCUUGCGUUGUCAGGUAAGGAUAUCAUCUGUGUCUUGAAGCUCAGGCCUUACACAACAUUAUCAUGCCUCGAUAAAAUCACUUGAGCUGCAUAAUAAUAUUUUCAACUUAUAGCAUUGUUAUACCUGACCCGCUAUAGUGUUGCCCAAGAUGCUGUGUUAAUGCCGAACAAUGCCCAGGAAAUAUUUUAUGCCUUGCAUCAUUUUGUUGGUCUAGUUGGUUGUCUCAAAUGAUAGUCAUGUGAGGAAAGGCAUUAUCUUAAUCUUAAUGCUGAGCACAUGUUGGAGAGUAAGAAAGAUGUUAAUUAUUUGAAUACAAAAUACAUGUUCCUGUGAACGUUUGGCCAUAAGAUUGGGGGUAUGUUGGCAGCGUCUACGCGGACUGACACCACCAAUCUAUUGUAUUGCAUGUAACAGCACAGCGGAAGACAGUCCACAACAUGGUCACCAAAUGGUCACAAGAACAGUAUCGUUAAUUCAAAUAUUGAAUGAGAUUAUUGAAAUCCGUACAUGAUAGACAAGAGGUGCACUGUCCUAAGCGCAAGGGAAGGGUUGGGAUGGUGCGGGUAACAGUAUGUCACAUCAAGAUGCAUUCAGGUCGCACUAAGUGCACACCACAUGCCAACAUUAUUAAAGCAGCUGCUGCCACGCAAGUCUUACGCGUUUACAGCCUUUCAGUUUUCUCGAUGAACAUAUUUUCACGGCUAUUUUAUUUUAACCUAUGACUAUUUUAACUUAUUUUUGCCAGUUUUACAGUGUAUGCAUUUGUGUGAUGCAUGCGACCUGGGUUUGGGCAUCUGUGGGUGACUGAUUAAAUGUGAAACUCUUCUUGUUAAAUAUAAUUAUGACAAAAGUACAAAACCUAGUUAUGUUCAGUAGGUGACUGCAUUACUAAGGUGGAAAGGGUUUAAGUGUCAUUAUUUUGUGUGGAUGGUUAAAGAAUGUGUUUUUGAGCAUUAUUAAACUGUUAAGAAUAAAAAAUACUGAUUGUUGCAAUGUUAGAAAGGUAGAGAAAAUAUUGAUCAUUUUAGUUGCGUUGAAAAAUAUGGCAAGGUGAGAGACAUUGCUUAUUCAUUGCAGUCAUUGGAGACCAGUUGGCAAGUGGCGAGUUUCCGGCUAGGAAUGACUCUUUGCAAUAUGUUCAUGAUGACAAGACAGUUGAGAAAGGGGGUCCUAACCACACUUGACAUGCGCAUGUAUUGCUUGUGGUGUGAGCGAGACACGAGCUCCCACGGUGACAUGUUAUCUAGCCACAUCUCCCCCCCCCACCCCAGACUGAAAAUUAGGGUGCCUUGACAAAGGCUCUGAAUUAGCUUAUGCCUGAGAAGUAUUAACAGUAAGGGAGAGAUGGAGUAACAUGUGACCCAUCCACAGUGCCCGCUGGAUAUGGCUCCAAGCUUAUUUUUGUAUUUUUUAUUAUGGUGAAGUAUUUUGUCUUGUGUAUCUGGCUGGAAAACUUAUUUUUAAUAAAACGUGUUAUAUACGUAAUUAUCUAGAGUUCCAACACGCUGCAGAAGACAAAUACCUUCACUUGCACUAUGUGUAUUGACUCUGGAUUUGGUCAACAAAAACUGUUAUUUUGAGUGGUCUUUACCACCUAGAUUCGUGGCAUUACUCCAUACGAGAGUUUAUCUUUAAUUCGUUGAAGGUAUUUUAUCAAGAAAUGCCUCGAGAUUUGUUGACCACUUCCAGUGAUUAAUGAAAAUUCCUUUUAUUUUGUUCCACUAGUGUAAGGCCAAAUGUACACUCUUAAGGCCUUGUGUCUUGCUUAUUACGGCUCAAGAGUAUAAUAAAGCUGCCUUUGACCAGUGAUUUGACGGACGUGGAAAUAUUGCACUUGAACUUGUACAAAAAUGGUGGUUGAUAUAUUAUACUGGAUGGCUGUUGGAUAUCUUAAUACGAAUGUUGGGUGCUAUAUUGAGAAGAGUGGACGAUGUGAUAAAAAAACGGUCUUGUGGAGGUCCUGCCUCCUCGUGAUACUUGUAAAGCUGGUCGAGUCAUACCAGAUCUACUGUGGCAAAGCCACCUGUGAACCACUGGUGGGCCAAGCCACGUGUGUGCCAUUUGUGGACACUUGAUUGCUCGACAGUUACCACAUAACGCUUUGUUACGAGGAAUCUUGUGGCAGAGUUUGGAUUUACAAAACGGGUAUUUAAAUAAACGGUAGUAUUUCUCUAAUGGAAUUCCUCAUAGACUCAGAUGCACACACUUUUUUUUUUUUUUUUUUUACGGCACUGCGAGUAAGGAUGGCCCACAAAACACUACCUCAGGUUUACGAGAAUGAGCCUAGUGGAGGUAUGGGUUAAUGGUCAUUUUAUCUUGUAGCUGUUAUCUUCAAGGCAUUAUUUAGGCAAACCUAAAACUCCAGGCUGUAGACAGCUUCAGGUAAUGUGUUCUCAGGAACACAUGUUAUUUCCCAUGACCAUUUAGUUUAUAAAAACUUGUCCUAAUUAAAAAUAAAACUAUUUUUUUCCAGCAGAAACCUGAUCUCUUUUGUAAUAAUCCUUUUGUAAUAGUUGAAACAAAAUACUUAAGGCGUAGUGAUAUUAUUUGUGUAUUUUUGUGAGGUGUUGAGUUGUGGGGAUGUGAUGUGUGACAUGACAGUGUGGCCAAGAUCCCAGGCGAGCCUUCAUCUCCAGGGGCUUGUGUUCCUUUGUCGUUGUUCCCUCACCCAGCUGAUGGCGGGAUUUCAAAUUACAUGCAACAUUCAAUAUUGUGACAUGGGUGUUUACAACAGCUGAGAGGGGUAUAGGCUAUGGCAUCAACAUGGAAGUCAGUACCCAAACACAUGAGGAUUCUUUUUUUUCUCUAUAUUAGAGGACAAAUAAUCCAUGGGUACAGAUUUUUGUUUUUUUCUUUGGUGGGAGGGGGUACUUUUGUAUUGAUGGUGCUUUAAGCCACCAGUGUAGUUUAACAGUCGAGGAAAAGUUGACUUGUUAAUGAGGAAAUCAUAGAAAAAUGUGAUUUCAUAGUUGCCAUAGUUGGCCAGUCCCAGCUGUGUACACAACUCGUCUACAUCAAGUCUCGCAGAAGUGUACAAUUAGUGAAUGUAUUAUGCCCUCUCCACACUGAAUAGUGCAACACCACUGUGUAAGAGAUUUGCAGUAAAACAGUAAAAUAAAAA